CGCCGCCACGUCCCCUCCCCCUUCCGAGUCUGGGGGCUGCGAGCGUGCUGCCAUGUGAUGCGCAUCCCCUCCGCCAGCUCUCGGUGACCCCAGAACCGCCCACCGCGCCGGCUGCCGGGAGGGGCUGCGGGCCGGACAGCCGUGGAGGAGCGGCGGAGAACGAGCAAAGUUCCCGGCGAGUUGCCUGCUUCAGGAGGUGAGAGCUCCAGGAACGAGAAGGAUCUUCAAAAGCUGCCUCGCACUGUGACAUGUCUGCUCCCUUGUGCCCAUCCCUGCAGCAUGAACAAGUGUAGGUGGACACUCACUGAUCUAUCACAAGGUUGCCUCGCUGAGCUCUGGGGUCUGUAUCUGAAUGGAUUGCUGUAGCCUUCGUAUUUCUUCUUCUGCCCAGUUCCCUGCAUCCUAAGACUCGAAGCCAGGACAAGAUCUGAGGAAAUUAUAUGGUUUGAACGGCAUGUCUGUGGAUGAGAAGCCUGACUCCCCCAUGUACGUGUAUGAGUCCACAGUUCAUUGUGCCAACAUCCUCCUGGGCCUCAAUGACCAGCGGAAGAAGGACAUUCUCUGUGACGUAACAUUGAUCGUGGAGAGAAAGGAGUUCCGAGCUCACCGGGCUGUGCUGGCCGCGUGCAGUGAAUAUUUCUGGCAGGCGCUGGUUGGACAGACGAAAAAUGACUUGGUGGUCAGCUUGCCUGAAGAGGUCACGGCCAGGGGCUUUGGGCCGCUGUUACAGUUUGCCUACACUGCCAAGCUGUUACUCAGCAGAGAAAACAUCCGCGAGGUCAUCCGCUGUGCUGAGUUCCUGCGCAUGCACAACCUGGAGGACUCUUGCUUCAGCUUCCUGCAGACCCAGCUCCUGAACAGUGAGGAUGGCCUGUUUGUGUGUCGAAAAGACAGCACGUGCCAGCGCCCACAUGAGGACCAUGGGAACUCUGCCGGAGAAGAGGAGGAGGAAGAAGAAGAGACAAUGGACUCAGAGACAGCCAAGAUGGCUUGCCCCAGAGACCAGCUGCUUCCAGACCCCAUCAGCUUUGAGGCCACUACCAUCCCAGUAGCAGAAAAGGAAGAAAGUUUGCUACCCGAGUCCGAGGUGCCCAUAGACACCAAGGAAAGUACAGAAAAGGAUGCAUUGACACAAUACCCCAGAUACAAGAAGUACCAGCUUGCAUGUACCAAGAAUGUCUAUAAUGCAUCAUCACACAGUACCUCAGGUUUUGCAAGCACAUUUAGUGAAGAUAGCCCUGGCAAUAGCCUCAAGCCAGGGCUCUCCAUGGGGCAGAUAAAAAGUGAGCCACCCAGUGAAGAAAAUGAAGAGGAGAGCAUCACACUCUGCUUGUCUGGAGAUGAACCUGAUAUCAAGGACAGAGCGAGGGAUGUCGAGAUGAACCGAAAACAACCCAGCCCUGCCCCUACUCCCAGCACACCUGCUGGAGCUACCUGCCUGGAUAGGUCCAGGAAUGUGUCCUCACCUUCCUGUCUACGGUCUCUGUUCAGUAUAACAAAAGGUGUGGAGUUGUCUGGCCUGCCCAGUACAUCUCAGCAGCACUUUGCCAGGAGUUCAGCAUGCCCUUUUGACAAGGGGAUCACUCAGGGUGACCUUAAAACUGACUACACCCCUUUCACAGGGAAUUAUGGACAGCCCCAUGUGGGCCAGAAGGAUGUGACCAACUUCACGAUGGGGUCACCACUCAGAGGGCCUGGGCUGGAGGCUCUCUGUAAACAGGAGGGAGAGCUGGACCGGAGGAGUGUGAUCUUCUCCUCAAGCGCUUGUGACCAAGUGAGCACUCCAGUGCAUUCAUAUUCUGGGGUGAGCAGUUUGGACAAAGACCUCUCUGAGCAGGUGCCAAAAGGUCUCUGGGUGGGAGCUGGCCAGUCCCUCCCCAGCUCACAGGCCUACUCCCACAGUGGGCUGAUGACUGACCACUUGCCAGGAAGGAUACGGCCCAACACCAGCUGCCCAGUGCCAAUCAAAGUCUGCCCUCGCUCACCCCCUCUAGAGACCAGAACCAGGACUUCUAGCUCCUGUUCCUCCUAUUCCUACGCAGAGGACGGGAGUGGGGGCUCUCCUUGCAGCCUCCCUCUCUGUGAGUUCUCCUCCUCACCCUGUUCCCAGGGAGCCAGAUUCCUUGCCACAGAACAUCAGGAACCAGGCCUGAUGGGAGAUGGAAUGUACAACCAAGUCCGACCCCAAAUUAAAUGUGAGCAGUCUUAUGGAACCAAUUCCAGUGAUGAAUCUGGAUCAUUCUCGGAAGCAGACAGUGAGUCGUGUCCUGUGCAGGACAGGGGCCAGGAGGUCAAACUUCCUUUCCCUGUAGAUCAGAUCACAGAUCUUCCCAGGAACGACUUCCAGAUGAUGAUUAAGAUGCACAAACUAACCUCAGAACAGUUAGAGUUCAUUCAUGACGUCCGUCGGCGCAGUAAGAACCGCAUUGCUGCUCAGCGCUGCCGCAAGAGGAAGCUGGAUUGUAUUCAGAAUUUAGAAUGUGAAAUACGAAAAUUGGUGUGUGAGAAGGAGAAACUGUUGUCAGAAAGGAAUCAACUGAAAGCCUGCAUGGGAGAGCUUCUGGACAACUUCUCCUGCCUCUCACAGGAGGUCUGUCGCGACAUCCAGAGCCCAGAGCAGAUCCAGGCGCUGCAUCGGUAUUGCCCAGUCCUCAUACCCAUGGAUCUCCCUGGAGCCAGUGUUAAUCCCCCUCCUUUGGGAGUUGAGCAGAGCCUCCCAGCCUCUCAGUGUGCAGUAGGGGGAAAUGUGCCCUGCUGCCUGGAGCCAGGGGCGGCUCCCCCUGGACCUCCCUGGGUGCCCAGCAACACCUCUGAGAAUUGUACCUCUGGGAGGAGGUUGGAAGGUACUGACUCAGGACCCUUCUCAGAAAGAGGGCCUCCUCUUGAACCCAGGAGCCAGUCAGUGACAGUGGACUUCUGCCAGGAAAUGACUGAUAAGUGUACAACUGACGAGCAACCCAGGAAAGAUUAUACCUAGUGACUUAGAUCUGCCUCCCAAUCCUCACACCUCUCCCACCCAGGUGUUCUUCAGUCAGCCCGUGGCGCUGUUCAUCUGUUGUCUUGAAGAACCAAGAGCGAAUUUGGUGCACACUACAGCGGUCUUAGCAGCAAUACUGUUCCGAAGUAUUCCCUCCUCUCUUUCAGCAGGAGUGCUAGUUACCUUCACAAUGGUGCUACCCCUUGCUCCGGCAAGGAAAGACAACAGUGCUGACACUGUCUGUCUGCGGGUUCAUUUCAGACUUCACAGGGAUAGACUACAACACCUCUAGGACCCAACCACGGAUUUUUUUCUCAGUGGCCCAUGUCACAAACCCUAUCUCAGGAAUUUCUUCUGAAUGUUCAAUUUUUUUCAUUGAAGACAGCUUCUAUACACAUCAAAGUUUUAUAGCUAGACUGUACAUAUUAUAUAUAAUAUAUAUGAAAUAUAUAUCCAUAUGCAAAAGUCCUGCAUGCCUCAAUUUUCUCAUCCUAAAACUGGAAACUUCAUUUCUUAUUUACAAACAGGUUGCAACAUUCCUCCUCUUUUGUCUCUGAUGCCAGAAACUAGUUUGGUAACUGUCAACAUGGUCAUUUCUCUUGCUUCACAAUUUCAAUCUGUACCUGUUUAUGGACAAAAUUCAGUGUUGGAAGCUUUUUUUCCAAGAUUUAAUCUCAGACCUUUUAUUUUUGUUAGGUUUGGUUUGGGCACCACCAAAUGGUGUUGAGUGAGCAUUGUGGGUUUGUUACUUUUGUGUUUGUUUUUGGGGGGCUUUUGUUUGUUCUGUUCUUUUUUCCUUUUCCUUGCAGAUACUGUACAGCAAGGUCAACUUUGCCACUUGCACUGAGUUUUGGGUCAAACCUAUUUUCUUAAAUGAAGUUGUAACUUCAGUAUAACUCAAGUAUACUGUAUAUUCUUUGCUUUUAGUUAAAAAGUAAAACAUUUUAGCUAAUUAAAAAGCACUCAGGUGAUAAUUAUGUAGGAAAAACAAUCUUGCCAAAUAAUGAAUUCAUCCUAGGAUGUGUAGACAAUAAUCUGAAUAUUUUUAUAGCUCAUUUCCUCCCCACCUUUCCCUAAGUAAAGCUGAACUGCAGCUAGAGAGUUCAGAGUCGAUGGAUGUUCAAAUUCCUAAGUGGGGAGAGAGUUUGGACAUCUCAUAAGCACCUCAAAACAACAGGAACCUGUGGUUUUGUGCCAGAAUGCCACAGGCACUGGUUACUUAAAAAUCAAGGGAGAACAGUUUCCUUACCCAGGGAGGAGUCCCAUUCAUUUCAGCAUUUCGUCCAGAUUCAGUUUGCAUUGUUCUUGGGAUGCAUCUUGAAGGAGGACCUGCUUCCUUGAAGGACGCAGCUAAUCAGCUGCCUGGCUUCCCUGCCUAGGCCUGGGCUCCUGGGAUAUCUAACACCUGAGGGAAUUUGGUUCAGAGCCUCAAUUUUAAGCGGCAGCCCCCCUGAGUAAAUUCGGCUUAUUGAAAGUAGGAGAGAACAGGGCACAUUCAAGGCUGAGAACCACCAGCACCGCCUAACACAUGCUCUUCCCUUUCAAAUGCUCUUAGUUGUGCUCUGAGGUUUUUGUCCACCUCUAUGAAAGCAGCUUCUUUCUGUGGCAUUGGACAAGAUACCUCCAGGAGCCCUCUGUUCUCUGCCCAAAUGCGUGGGCACAUGUACACACACACACACACACACACACACACACACACACACACCCCUCCCCAGUUGAUAAUUUGCUUCUCUUGCUCUAAAAUUAGUUGUUUGCAAACCAGAGAGAGCAGCUUCCCUGGCGCUGGGGUCUCCCCCCACACGCCAUGUUUACAGGAAGGUGUGCCCCAAGGAGGAAUCAGCCCCCUCCUCCCAGUGAUCCCUGUCUCCUUUCAUUCGGCAGCCUGGGGGUCACUCCAGUCUGGGUACAUGAGGUUGUCCAGAACAGUCUGAUGUGGGGAUGGGGUGGAGGGCAGUGGGGAAUAGAUGGUUGACUUUGUUUCUUUAUUUGUGCCAUUGUUUCGGACAAUAUUAAAGCUGCAUGUAAAAGGAGAAAUUAGUAUAUGAUUAGUAGGCAAAAAGUGAAAUCAUAGUAACAUACAUUCUAGUAUUAACUUUUUUCUGUACAAAUAGUAAUGCUAAAUGUUAAAUAAGUAUGAAUGCCAGAAGUUGUCAGUUCAUGCAGUAGGAUUUAAGAAAAAUGGUUUUUCUUUUAAAAUAGGUCCACUUUUAAAACCUGCCUCUGGGUUUUGUUGU